AUUUUCAUCAUCACUAUAUCCUCCUUCGCCACACUGAAAAACCAUCUAAACCCUCGUUUCACACCUUCAAUUCAUCACCAAACCAAACAGAACCAAAAUCAAAACCAGUACCUCCGCGAUUCUCAGAACAAAGCACAAACCACAAACCCUAUCCCAAUGGCUCCGAAUUUGGAAUGUCGCAUGUACGAGGCACGCUACCCAGAAGUAGACAUGGCAGUGAUGAUACAGGUCAAGAACAUAGCCGACAUGGGUGCUUACGUUUCACUCCUCGAGUACAACAACAUCGAGGGUAUGAUUCUGUUCUCCGAGCUCUCUCGCCGUCGAAUUCGAAGUGUUAGCAGUCUCAUCAAGGUGGGUAGAAUUGAACCGGUGAUGGUUCUUCGUGUUGAUAAGGAAAAGGGUUACAUCGAUCUCAGUAAACGUAGGGUUUCUGAAGAGGAUAUUCAGGCGUGUGAAGAAAGGUAUAAUAAGAGUAAACUUGUUCACUCUAUUAUGCGUCAUGUUGCUGAAACCUUGAACCUCGAUUUAGAGGAUCUUUAUAUUCACAUUGCUUGGCCUUUGUACCGCAAAUAUGGACAUGCCUUUGAGGCGUUCAAGAUAGUUGUGACCGAUCCUGAUACAGUUUUGAGCACUCUUAUGCGGGAGAUUAAGGAAGUUGGUCCCGAUGGACAAGAGGUGACCAAGGUGGUACCUGCUGUUUCUGAAGAAGUGAAGGAUUCUCUAGUGAAGAACAUUAGAAGACGAAUGACUCCUCAGCCAUUGAAAAUCAGGGCGGAUAUUGAAAUGAAAUGUUUUCAAUUUGAUGGAGUUAUCCAUAUUAAGGAGGCAAUGCGGAAGGCUGAGGCUGCUGGAAAUGAUGACUGUCCUGUGAAAAUUAAACUUGUUGCUCCCCCACUUUAUGUGCUUACCACUCAGACUCUUGACAAGGAGCAAGGAAUAUUGGUUCUCAACAAUGCCAUUACUUGUUGCACUGAAUCAAUAGAAAAACACAAGGGUAAACUUCUGGUGAAGGAGGCAGCCAGAGCGGUGAGUGAACGUGAUGAUAAACUGCUUGCUGAGCAUAUGGCUAAGCUUCGCCAAGACAAUGAAGAGGUCAGUGGCGAUGAAGACAGUGAAGAGGAAGAAGAUACUGGAAUGGGCGCGGUUGAUGUGGACAAUGGUAAUGCGAUAACUGAGUGAGAAAGAGCAAGGCUUUACUAAUUUUGUUUUAUAGUAUUCUUUUUGAUCUCUUUGAUUAUGGUUGUAUUAUACAAACUCGGAAUUUCUGGAAGAGGGUGUUCAAUCCAAAUUUAGGAGUGUUUGUGGUUAAAAACGCCACCAUAUCUCCCUCCCUUGUUGUUUGCAAUUUAUGAUGAGAUAUUAGUUGAACACAGUGCACUGGAAUAACACCUGCAAUUCUUAUGAU